GCACAGCUCAGCCAGCGAGUGACUGUUACGCAAGAGCUCAGUCGGCCCAGCUGGAGAUGAGAGAGCAAGUUAGACAGAGGGAGAGAGAGAGAGAGAGAGAGAGAGAGAGAGAGAGAGAGAGAGAGAGAGAGAGAGAGAGAGAGAGAGAGAAAAGAGGGAGUAGCAAACAGCACAGACAAACGCUGACUUUCUUUCUCUGUUUUACAGCCAGCAUCAUGAACUGGAUUUUCUGAAGAGUACCCGAAGCAAAAGGAUCCAAGAAGUGAUGGAGUCAACACAUGUGACCUUGGCGCUGUGAACUUCUCUGCUCAUCCUCUCACAUUCAUCACUUGUCCCCAUGGUUUCAAACGUUGGAACCGCUUCCCAAAGCCCUCGCGUCUGGGUGCUGCUGAAGCCUUUACUAUGCGUGCUGGUACUGACCCUAGGCUCAGCGCUAAGCCUGGAGGACUUGCAGAACGCCACCACCGCCGCCGUGACCCCGCCGGCGCCCCCGGACGAGUGGACCGGCACCCUGGUCCGCCUGCAGCCCAACCUGCAGACGGAGGGCCGAGCAACAACAGUGGAGGUGCAGACAGAGUUGGAGACGCAAACUCCAACCAGAAACUACACAGGUCUGUCCUGUAUGCCCGUCCUGCCUCCACGUCGGGGCUCCUUCUACGUGGAGAGCGGCACCGGGGUGUCGGUGGGCAGCGCGUUGGCCUUCUGGUGCCGUGGGGGCUACCAGUUGGUGGGCCACGACAAGAUCUACUGCAAUGUCCGCAAUGGGAAAGCGCAGUGGAGCAACUACUUGCCCGUGUGUGAGGCAAUCCCCAGGCCAGAGGACCGCGGGUUGAGAGUGGCCGUGUUGGCGUCGGUGGUGAGCGGUGUCGUCAUCCUCGCCAUGUCGCUGUCCUUCCUCGUCUGCUGCCUGCAAGAACAAUCCAGCAAGAAAAAAGCCAAAAAAGACAGUUCGGACCAGAGGGGCUCUCGAACGGCCAGAGAAGUUCAGAACAGCGGAACAUCCGGCGGUUAUCAUGCCUCGCUCUCAAAUGCCCGCCCAGAGGGCCUCUCGCCCGACCCGAGACGUUCAAAAAAGCGGAAUGUCGUCCACCGUGCCGCGCACAUUCACUUGUGCUCUAAAAAUUUGCAAGUGUUACAAAAUGUUUCUUGCUUUGCAGUACGUUCACUGCAUAAACAUAGCUCAGAAGUUCUUGUCGAAACGCUCCUUGUUGACAGACGCAGGGGAAAGCGUUCAGCCCGUUGCAGUGAGCGAUGGCUGGACAGAGAAGACGGCGAAUGGGAGGACUUCCCUCCUCCCAAGAUCUUCCACCUGUCCCAGAGGAUGAACCCUCGUCUAGCACCAGACAGUCCGCUCUACCUGACCGGAGGCCUCGGCGGAUACGAGAACAGAGGAUAUCAGAGGAGUCAGGAGAGUCUUCUAAAGACCGGCCCUCCUGGGGUCUACCGCUCCGAGUCCCAGCUCUACCCGCAUGUGGUCCUCCAGAGGGUCCUGCCCCCUACAGCCCCCUCGGCGCCAUCCGCCCCAUCCGCCCCCUCGGCCCCGCUCUACCUCCACCUCCCUGCCUCGUCCUCGUCCUCUACGCCGGCCCACACGACCGCCCACUCCCAAGCUCACCUCAUGGGCCAGUACCGCACGCCGACGUACCCGCCCAAUCCGAACACGUCAGUGCCGCCGUUCCACCGUCCCGUCCCGGCGCCCAUCUACCCCAACCCGAACCCGAAGCCGCAGCAGCCGUGGCAGUGAGCUUGUUCCUCGAGGCCGAGGCUAACCGAGUCGAAGGAGGGACGUGCUCCACAUGUGAGCAGACGAGUAGCUACAGCUAAUGUGGACACCCCAACUUUUCCUUUUAGUGCAUGCAAGCUGGAUUUGUCCUCCACUUGGAGUCAACAGGAAGUCAAACAGGGUUUUGUUUCCUGAGCAGAAGAACCAAGACUGCAGACGCCAGUCAGUAGGCAGCUCAAUUCUCUUCUAACCGCCAAAGAGGAGCAUGGAUUUUUCCAUUCGUUCAUGUGCGUCUGCCUCUGUAACCUUUUUAAUAUUUGACACUGGUUUAGGUACAUGUAUUCCUCUUAAGCAGGGGGUGUCAAAUUUGUUUUUAUUGCGGGCCACAUCGUUGUUACGGAUGGUUAUAAUCACAUAAAUGUAUACCCGUAAUCGUCCAAAACUGGCUCGGUUCACAUUGUCUACUGUAAAUCAACUAAACUCAGUGUAAUUUAUAGAACACUUUAAAAACAACUGCAGCUCAAAUUAAGUGGUGUACAUAAAUACAAAUCGAACCCGAGAUAAUUUAGAAACAAUAAAACAAUAACACAGUGCACAGGCAGCCAGUGGAGGCAGGCCCGAAGAGGAGCUAUGUGCUCCCUCUUAUGUGUUCCCGUUUAGAAGUGAGUGAAUAAGUUAGGGAACAAAAAGCAAAACAAACUGCUUAUGUUUUGGCAAGAUCCCCAAAAGAUAUUAUACGCCCGUUAAUUAAGGAUGUCGGCACAAGUUGUGGGAUUAGUUCAUCGGAUCUUGAAACAACUGAGACUAAAUGAAGUGCACCAAUUGUCUAAAUAUGGCUCAUAUUAACUACUAUAAGAAAAACAACAAUCAAACUGCUUAUGUUCUAUGUAAACAGGAUUUAAUGCCAUUUAAAUUCAAACAUUCUGUUCUUUUCUACACAUACUACAUACAAGAUAUUUAUGUUAUUUUUGCUAAAUCAAGAAAUGCCUGUUUUGAUGCUUUACUUGGACCGCAACUCUCAAUUUGUCAUAAGAACGGCUGGCCACCAAGUCACUAAAACGGGUCCACAAGCCCUGUGUUCUUCACUACUGUGAUGAGUUAACUGAGGAGGAGCGAUUUUGUGAAUCUGUACAAAGUGUAAAAACUGAUGAACUUGCUUUGAGACACUGUAAAUGUGCUGCUCUUUCCUGAACGCACUGGAAAUUGCGCUGAUUAGGGAAAUAAAGCAGGAAUGGAUCAUUAAUAUUGCUUUCCUUUUGUUUAGUUCAUGAUUUCCUUCCAUGUAUCAUAUACUUUAUGAAAAGAAAAAUCUACUGUUGCUUGAGUCACCUUUAUCUGUGGGGAUUUUUAUUUUGUAAUAAUAGCACUAAAGUAGCCACACGAUGAAAUUUGCACUU